UUACAAUUUUUAUCUUCAUAAUGAACACGGCAUAUUAGACACUUUGUGAAUAGGCAAUAUGUGCCGUGUAGCAAGGAAAUUCUUACAUCCAACUGCAAUACAGAAUACAGAACAGGCAAUUCAUGAAUAGAAAAUAUUGUUGUUGCUUCACAUUGAUGUUCAUGAGUUUCAAAUUAUAAAUAUACGUCGUAGUUUUAUCAAAUACUGGUUACUUGGAACGAAUUCAAAGAUCCAUAAUUGUUAUUCUAGUGCAUUCUAAAUAUUCCAUGUUCAAUGAUUUGAAUCGUGCUGUCAGAAGACAUUGUGGUAUUGCUGCAGAACAUUUCUAACGAGGCAUAUAACAUUUGAAAAUCUGUACCUCUAACCUUAUAAUGUCUUGUAAGGUGGGGAUGGAGCACAACAUCGACGUGAUCAAAGUGGAACUCGAUCCAUACACCAACACGGGCCCAGCGCUGAACAAGUUUGAAUUGGUUCAUAUAAAACAGGAAAAUUCCUGCACUGUGAACAGUGAAUUCAAGUUGGAUAUGUAUCAAAUCAAAGAAGAACAUGACUCAUCAGCUGUAGAAAUGUCAUCAUUCAGCGAAAAACGGGUCAUUGCUAUAAAACAGGAAGCACAAGGAGAUGCCGAUGAGAUAUGGGGCGGCCCAGUGAUUAAGCAGGAGCUGGAGGAUGAUGAAAUGAUACGAGAUCACGGCGUGUGUUUAGACAGUGUGGAACUGAUUCUUGGCACUGAAGACUUUAUUGGUAGAAACAGUAUGUCAGUUGAACACGUUGACAGCCAUCAUGAUGACAGCAUCUUCUCAUCACUCUGUACUUUACAAACCAAAAAUCCUGAAAAUAAUUCUUCCAAAAUAUCUGGAGUGAAAUAUAAAUCUGAAGUAAGUAAGAAAGUGAGCACAAAACCUCAGAGGAAGGCUUAUGAAUGUGAUCUGUGCGUAAAGAGUUUUACAAGGCAGGGCCAUUUGACUGAACACAAACGUACUCACACUGGGGAAAAGCCGUACCAGUGUGAAAUUUGCAAAAAAAACUUUACACAACGUGGAAACCUAGCACAGCACCUCCGCACACAUCCUGGAGAGAAACCGUUUAAAUGUGAUUUCUGUAUGAAGCGCUUCACUAAACGGGCACAUUUGAUGGAGCACAGGCGGAUUCACACUGGGGAGAAACCAUACAUAUGUGAUAUGUGCAACAGAGGUUUCUCUCAACAGGGGCAUUUAGUCGCUCACACGCGAACCCAUACCGGUGAUAAGCCGUACAAAUGUCACUUGUGCAACAAACGAUUCUCUUCAAACGCCUAUCUUCUCGUGCAUACUCGUUCCCACUUGGAUGGAAAGCCUCACAAGUGCGACUUUUGCAACAAGAGUUAUAUGCAGCAGAGAGAAUUGUUGCGGCACAGUCGAAAUCACGCAGGUGCAAAGCCCUACAAGUGUGAGAUAUGUCACAAGCACUUCCCAGAUCAUGCGAACUUGGCAAGGCACAGGCGGACACAUGCAGAGUCAAUACACAAGUAUGUGUCUUGGAAGGUUUCCAAUAACAUGGAAGGCACGUUGUCACCCGCAUUAGAGGGUCACCUCAUAGACAUGCAUUGAUGUGUCUCAUUGCGUCCAGAUUAAGUGAAGUGGGAAGUGUUGCAAGAUUGUGCAUUUGGUGCUAGUAUAAUGACUCUGGGAGCUCCGUAUGCUUUCGUGGCCUUUGUUUAUGCACAGUGGCAGUAAAGGAGGAGUUAAAUAGGCUGUUCGGCAGAGUUGACCGUCUGCUGCGAAGGAUAUGGAAGUGCGGAGCUUCACCUCCAUAUAUCCUGUCUACUUGGAAGUAUCGCCAUGUGCGACAUUGGGACACGAAGGCAACGACCAAGAAGUUGAUUGUGUGACAGCGACAGCGACAGCGUUCGUACACCGUGCAGUCAAAAAGGUUUCUCUAAUGAUGUUCUUCACAACAGCACGGCCAGCAGUUCUACUUCACGAACUCGCAGCAGCCCGCCUACCUCUCCGGAUUCCAACAGCCGCAGUACGAGGACUUCUUCAAGCCCCAGAGCUCGUACGAGCCGUCCCCGUUCCAGCUGCCGGUAA